ACUUGCAAAGGUAAACACGUUGCAGUGCGAAACUUAUUUUAUUUUUUGUAAGGGCUGCGAUUUGAAUAAAAGAAUUGUUCUAAACAAUUACGAGUAAUCGCAACGAAUCAGCAAUGGCCACAAGCGAACGGAAAGGCACCUUUAAGGUGGAAUACCUGCAGAAGAUCGAGCAGGAAGUGCAGCAGCGAUGGGAAACCGAGCGGGUGCACGAGUCGGAUGCGCCAACGGCGCCCAAAAAGCGGCAGGCGGAAAAGUUCUUCGUGACCUUUCCCUUUCCCUACAUGAAUGGACGCCUCCAUCUGGGUCACACCUUCUCGCUGUCCAAGGCGGAGUAUUCCGUGAGGUAUCACCGCCUGAAGGGACGUCGUGUUCUCUGGCCCUUUGGGUUUCACUGCACGGGCAUGCCCAUCAAGGCCUGUGCCGAUAAGUUAACCCGCGAACUGGAGCAGUUCGGCUAUCCCCCCAAGUUCCCCGAGAACCAAGAAGUAGCUCCUGCUCCCGCCGAAACCGCAUCCGAGGUCCCCAAGGACAAGUCAAAGGGAAAGAAGAGCAAGGCGGUGGCCAAGACCGGUGCCGCCAAAUACCAAUGGCAAAUCAUGCAGAGUCUCGGCCUCAAGGACGACGAAAUCAAGGACUUCGCCAAUGCAGAACACUGGCUCAACUACUUCCCACCGCUGGCGGUGCAGGAUCUCAAGAGGAUAGGCGUGCACGUCGAUUGGAGACGCACUUUCAUCACCACCGACGCCAAUCCCUAUUUCGACUCUUUUGUGCGCUGGCAGUUCAAUCACCUCAAGGAGCGUGGCAAGAUCAUGUACGGCAAGAGAUAUACCAUUUACUCGCCCAAGGAUGGACAGCCCUGCAUGGACCACGAUCGCUCCUCCGGCGAGGGAGUGGGUCCUCAGGAAUACACGCUGAUCAAGAUGAAGGUUCUGGAGGCGCCCAAGGCUUUAAGCUCCAUCAAGCAGACCAUUUACAUGGUGGCCGCCACUCUGCGUCCGGAGACCAUGUAUGGCCAGACCAACUGCUGGCUGCAUCCGGACAACAAGUACAUCGCCUGGCAAACCAGCAAAAAUAACGAAGUGUGGAUAAGCACACGUCGAGCAGCCAGAAAUAUGGCUUACCAGGGUUUCACAGCCGAAGAAGGUGAUGUCAAGGUUCUGGCUGAAGUAACUGGCCAAGAUCUUCUUGGAGUUCCCCUCUCGGCUCCUCUGACCCAACACAAAAUCGUCUACACCCUGCCAAUGCUAAGCAUCAAGGAAGAUAAGGGAACUGGAGUGGUCACUUCUGUGCCCUCCGAUUCCCCCGAUGAUUAUGCCGCUCUGGUGGAUCUUCAAAAGAAGGAGGCAUUCCGCCAGAAAUACGGACUGAAGGAUGAGAUGGUGCUGCCCUAUGAGCCCAUUCCCAUCAUCGAAGUGCCGACCCUAGGCAAACUUAGUGCCGUCCAUGCCUACGAAACCCUCAAGAUCCAAUCACAGAACGAUAAGGAUAAGUUAGCCGAAGCUAAGGAAAUGUGCUACCUCAAGAGUUUCUAUGACGGCGUUAUGUUGGUGGGCGAAUUUGCCGGCCGCAAGAUUCAGGAUGUGAAAAAGGAUCUGCAGAAGCGUUUGGUCGAUGCUAAUGAGGCGGACGUUUACUACGAACCGGAGAAGACUAUUAUGUCACGUUCUGCUGAUGAGUGCGUGGUGGCCCUGUGCAACCAGUGGUACCUUAAUUAUGGUGAGCCAGUGUGGCAGGCCCAGGCCACCAAGAUUCUGCAGGACAUGGAGACCUUCCACGAUGAGGCGCGCAACAACUUCGAAGCCUGUUUGAACUGGCUGCACGAGUACGCAUGCUCCAGGACCUACGGCCUAGGAACCAAACUGCCUUGGGAUGAUAAGUGGCUGAUUGAGUCCCUCUCGGAUUCCACCAUCUACAUGGCCUUCUACACGGUUGUACACUUGCUGCAGGGCGGCACUUUCCGCGGUGAAAAGCCAGGACCUUUUGGCAUCAAACCGUCCGACAUGACCGCUGAGAUCUGGGACUACAUCUUCUUCAAGGAAACCCCACUGCCAAAAAAGACGGCCAUUAAACAGGAAUAUCUUGCUGUUUUGCGUCGCGAAUUCGAAUACUGGUAUCCGAUGGAUCUGCGCGUCUCUGGCAAGGAUCUCAUCCAGAACCACUUGACCUUCUGUCUGUACAAUCAUGCAGCCAUUUGGCCAAAUGACGAGACCAAGUGGCCCAAAGGAAUGCGUGUAAAUGGUCACCUGUUGCUCAAUUCUUCAAAGAUGUCCAAAUCUGAUGGAAACUUCCUUACCCUAACCGAAGCUGUGGACAAAUUCUCAGCCGAUGGAAUGCGCCUUUGUUUGGCUGACGCUGGCGACAGCGUGGAGGAUGCAAAUUUUGUGGAGAGCACUGCUGAUGCAGGCAUCCUGCGUCUGUACACUUUCAUUGAGUGGGUAAAGGAGAUGCUAGAUAACAAGUGCAGUUUGAGAAAGGGUUCAGAUAAGACCUUCAAUGAUAAGGUAUUCCUGAGCGAGCUCAAUUUGAAAACCCAACAAACGGACGAGAAUUACCGGAAGAUGUUGUUCAAGGAGGCUUUGAGAAGUGGCUUUUACGAACUCCAGUUGGCCAGGGAUAAGUACAGUCAGCUGUGUGGAGCCCAAGGAAUGCACGAGGAUCUGGUGCUUGAGUUUAUCCGCAGGCAAGCUCUGUUAGUAUCUCCGAUUUGUCCACAUAUGGCGGAGCACGUUUGGGGACUGCUGGGUAACAACGAGUCCAUUGUUCAUGCUCGUUGGCCUGAAGUUGGAGACAUCAACGAAGUAGAUAUCCUGUGCUCGGAGUAUCUCAUGGAAGCGGCACACUCGUUCCGUUUGAACCUGAAGAACUUGCUGCAAUUUAAGGGCAAGGCUGGAAAAGAUAAAUCUGCGGAUGUCCAAACAGCGAAACCGAAUAGAGGACUUAUCUGGGUGGCUAAGACUUAUCCUCCCUGGCAGUGCUGUGUCCUGGAUACCAUGAAGGAGUUGUUCAACAAAUCCCAAGCCCUGCCGGAUAACAAAGUCAUCGCUGCUACACUGCAACAAAAGGCUGAAUUGAAGAAGUUUAUGAAACGCGUAAUGCCCUUCGCCCAGAUGAUUCGCGAGAAGGUGGAAUCUGGCAAGGGGGUGGCUGCUUUGGCCGUCACAUUGGAGUUCGACGAGCGCCAGGUGCUGAUCAGUAAUCUGGAGUAUCUGAAAAACACACUGGAUCUCGACGUCUUGGAAAUUAAGUAUACCGAUGAUUCCUCUGCGCCGGAGAAAACUCGUGAGGAAGUACGUCCUGGGUCGCCCUUCAUCAGUUUCUCAGUGGCACCCAAUGUGAGCGUGGAGCUGACGAAUCCCAUCGAGCGCUCCUCGUUCUUCCAGGUCAACACCGUCAUUUCUGAAGGCGACACCGUGCAGUCACUCCGCGAGAAGCUAUCCAAGAUCAUUGGUCUCAAGACUGACACGGCUAACCUUAAGAUCUGGUCUUAUAACGAUCCCCUUCUGGGCCCCAGGAAGAUACCCAACUUUGAGGACUACAAAGCGGGAAAGUCUUUGCUCGGCGAGGGCAACUUUAUCCUGGAUGUGGCGACUAAGAAAGUGAGCCUGGAGCAGGCCGGAAAAUUGACGGAAGUGGGGAGAAAUCUGAUAUACGUGGUGGAUUGAAUCGAAAAGCAUCACAAGCUUUAAUAAUUUAUUCAUAAAAUGAAACUGAAACCUUGUAAAACAAAUCCUUGGCUAUUAAUGUACUGUGAGACGUUUGUGCCCUAUCAAAGAAAUGAAAAUUAAACUUACAAAAGUAAUUGUAUCAAAUGUAUUUCUAAUUUAAAACCUUGUACAGAAAACCAUUACAUGCGGUACUAAAAGUGUC